AUGUUUGCGAAGAACAGCAGACACAAUGUGAAUCCCUCGUCAAUAUUUCAGAAAGAGAAAGAGAAUGAUUCUAAUCAAAGCAUAACUUCAGGUGUCCAGCAAACAAAAAUGAGGCCACGUAACCUAUCAAAGCUUACAUCAGUCUUUGGUAAAUCACCCGAUUCAUUAGCAUCAGCAUCCACCAAAAGCUCUGACAUAUUACCCAGAAGCGUUCACCAAAAGAUAACCGUAUCAAGAAAAAUUGAACCCUCAAUUCUGUCGCGUCAAUCUGUUAAAUUUAUCUUAGAAACUCAAGAAACUGGCUCUCCUACUUCUCAAGUUGUGCAUAAAGAGUCGCAGCAGAAUGUAUCUCCUUUUCUACCAUUGAGGACGUGCUCAAGUACUGACCUAUCCGCGGUGCCGGCGCAUUCGACAAUUCUAGACAAGCCAGGCUCACUUCCAUUACAACAAGGCUCAUUGAACUCAAUUUUAAUAUCUUCACAUCCCAGCAACAUGGUCCAAGAUACCCCACUUGGAGUGAGCAGUAUAACAUUGUCACCAGCAACUUCUGCUUCUCCGGCUAUUCUUUGUACGCUGCCGUGUGACCUUACAUUUCCAUCCAACCAGUCUCAAGAUGAUGAUGCCUUUAAAAUUUUUUUUCCUCCAACGAUUCCGAACCAUAGUAGCUUGUCUACAUAUUCAUCUGAAGCAUCUGCUUGCCUGUCCAGUACCUUUCCAAGGAUAUAUUCUGAUUUUUUCACACAGAAUAACCACAAUACCACUCAAAAUUUGGUUCCUAGUUCUGACAAGAGUGCGCCAUCUUAUCGUAAUCUGCAGCUGGAUCAAGGAACUCACGAUAUAACAGGACUCACUCAACAGGUAUCACCUUCCCCACGCAGUGAUUCCGAUCCCCUUAUCAUCGAGGACUUGAGUUAUUCUAAUGGAGGGGUGAUUGAUGAUAAAUUGUUGCUACAAAAGCAGGUGCAGUCGACUUUUUUACAUUCUGGAGAACAUACGAAACAUACUCAACCCUUCACGAAGAUGUCUGAGCAUGCCACUACAAUUUUGAAGGGCACUAUUGCACACAAGAAGAAAUACUCAAGUAGCGAAAGGAGUUUCAUGAGUAUCAAGAGCCAAAAUUCUGAUGUCAUUUUCAGCAUUAAAAACACCGAUAAACGUGAUGACAACGCCCAAUCCGAUGUAGUAGAAAAAAAUAGCACUUGUAACUCAGGGCUGGAUUCUUUAAUAGUGAAGGGACCCUUAAUCUUAUUGGAUUCAAAAGCUGGUAAAGAGAACCUUCAAGGAAAGAUUUUUACAUGUACAGAGACAAACAAUAAAGGGUUUAAUAAAAAAAUUCAUUUGAAGAAGGUCAAUUCUAUUCAUCAAAAGAAACCGAAUAGCGCAAAUGAACUUAAGGGACAAAAAAUUCCGAGAAACCCAAUAUUGUUGGCUUCACAAAGGCAAGAUAUCACUCAAAGUUCUCGUGCACGCAUUCACAAAGACCUAAGUUGGUCCCAUACAAAGCAAAGAAAGUCCCUGAUAACCGUUGCCCGUCCCUCUGCCAUGGUAUCUGUAACGAUCCCCAAGGGCUCAUCGAAGUCAAGGAAGAGGACGCUCUCAAACAUGGAUUUCACAGGUACCCUCAAUAGUUUUGGGAAUCAAUCUAGCAUAACGUCUCAUCAAAUACAUUUGAGCAGCAGCACCAGUUCUUACGCAGAUCGGCCUUGUACCAAGUUUUUUGUUGCUGUAUUUGUCUUUCUGAUAUGCAAGAAGUUGAUACGUGUGGUCCAUGAGAGGCGCAGGAUAAUCUUCAUAGAGACAAUAAAAAAGCCCCAUGCCGCGUAUAUUAUUCAAUGUGCAUGGAGAAGAUAUCAACAAUGUGGCCGUAUUGCUUGUUGGCGCGCCGCUCGUUUUUUGGUGGAGUGGCUCCGUUUCAAAUUGCCUCGUCUUCGUCGCACCCGUGAGGAAAGUGUGCACAUUCUGCAUCAGGUCCUUUUAAGCAAAAAAACCCUCUCGCUUGUUCGCUCAACAUGCCAGGAGAUACACUAUAAAACAGAUCUCGAUAUGAUAACCCGUUGCAUCAAGUGUUUAGGAGCGCGGAAAAUACUCUCACGGCUGAAAUUGGAGCGUGAUGAACGCAACAUACUUAUUCAAAAGUGUUACCAGGCAUCACUACGAAUUUAUCGUGAUGAGCGGUUCGAAUUCUUGGGCCUUAUCAAAGAAGCCCAGAAAGUUUUAAGCAUCCACCCUAAGGCACCUGUUCUACAAUGUAAGACAGGGAUCCUCCGAUGUUCUUACCAUGUAUCUGAUGUUCAGGACGAAUCUGAGGUUGAGACAAAUAAAGCAAAUUCAAACAGUAAUGUGCCUAAAGCGGGGGUUCAACAUAUAACUGCCACAAUUGUUGACAAAUCCAACAACUCAACUUCACCUGUUAACUUCCUAGCUUUGGCGUCAACUAAUCAAACAAGCGCACCGUCUCAUGCACUUUCCGAAGCCGAGUCCACCAUCAACGAAGUUCAUGAGGCUGCUCCAGUUUCUUCUUGUGUUUCAUCUGACAAAGUACCAAUGUGGCGUCAAUGCCGGCAUGGUUCCCUUAUAUUUUUAAAUGAUAAGAUACCAACCUCUCCACAUAGUGGGUCUAUGCGCUCGAUGCACUCUGCGCCAUGUAUUAUGUGGGAAGCAACUAGGACACUGUCGUCAGUAUGUAGUGUAGGUCCUGAUGUUGAUGGAUGCUUUGAAGGGGAUCUCAUUGCAGUGGAUGUGAGUUGCCCUGAGGUGCAAGUAAUGGACAAUGAUCAUAAGAAAGGGAACUUUCCUACGGCACAAAGCAUCCCUGUUGCUCUAUCUCAUAGUGAUCCUCCACUCAAUGUGAUGCGGCCCUUCCGUGAACCGGCCCGAAUCGAAGAUCAUGAGUUUCUGAAAGAAUUAUUCCAGAUGGAGACGGAUGCCUAUCUGGAUGUUAAAUUCUCUAAAAAAUCCGAGUGGAUCAAUGGAAAGGGAUUACAACUUCAAACACAAUGCGAUGGACGCGAAUAUGCUUUGAAUAACGACAGCGUUAAUGCCAUUUCGAACAGAAAUGCAGGCGAUUUGCUUUCGCAGUACGCGAACGUCAAGCUUAAAGCUUAUAGCCCGUCUUCAUCAACAAACCUUACGGAAGCCGCCCACAAUAACUUGGAAGGUUCUCGUAGCUUGGUACACCGUUCUGGAUAUUUGCAUUUUUUCCCUUCAACAUUAUCAAACCAUGAGAUGGGCAACAAUAUAUCUAAUGACUGCCCAUUGAGUCUUCCACGCACCCUCAAUGAUCAUUCUGGCUAUCAAAGUGAGGAUGUUCUCCACGCUCAAGUGGAUCUUCUUAUUUGCACCGAGUCAAUAGAACGAAAGGCACUAACUUGGAAGCUUCUGGAUGCCCAUAAGACACUUUAUUUACCUGUACACAAUCUUAACUUAGCCCACUAUUUCUGUUCUUCUGCAACUGUUCCACCAUUCUUUGCCAGUUUGCUUUUAUCCAUGAAGGACGAGAUGUUUAUGAGACGGGCUGCCAAGCUCUUUGCUGAGGAGCACAAAAGACGCAUAUCCAUUACAGAAGUCUACGAUUCAUUACCACUCCGUUUCUUAGUGCGCCCACUCUUGAGCUCUAGAGUAGGACGGCAACGUAGAAUAAUUGUUGAGAACGCAUACGCUGCACAUAAUUCGCUUAUGCUACCAGAGGAAAAGGAUGUCUUUCUUGGUGAUCACCUAGAUUCGAUAAACGCAGCGCAGCAUGGAAUGAUUAAACCGAUCCAUCCCAUAUCCACACACAUGAAAAGUAAUGCAGAAAACAGCGGUGGUGACUCUCAAAUUCUUAUGGAGUGUUUGGCAGAAGGGUUGGAUCAGGAUACUGUUUACACAAAUCAAAGGCACUUCGUAGUAAGGAUGGCCCAUCAGUCUCGAAAGGUGUGCAAAACAGCGAACACAGACGCGACUAAUGAAAUCAUCUGGCCUCAGAAUGCGAAUGUAUCUGUUAAAAAUAUUGUAGACGUAGGUGUUCCCUCAAGGGUGGACAAAGGCGAAGUCAUCGUAACCGAUACAUCGGAAAAAACUCUUAAAUGCAGCGGUCCAUCCGUUUCAUCAUCCAAACCUCUAGAUGCAUACAUAAACAGGGCCAAGAAAAAACGCUGUGAAUAUGUAGGUGUUAGUUCAAAAGAGAAGUCGGCGUUGCCUCAUUUAACAAAAAAGCAUAUACAAUCUUAUGCAUCCAAUUCAGCGUCUUCUAAUGUAAUGCCUGGUAUUAUUGCCGCAAAUACAAGUAACAAAAUACCAUCGGGUCCUUCUCAAUUACCCGAUAUCAAAGACUCCACCUAUGGGAUGUGUCAUGAUUUUCGAAUCUACCCCUCUGCUGACGUUAGUCGCAACGAGGUGAUGGAGAGCGAUGCAUGUUGCAUAAAGGAACAUGCUAGGUUUUAUGCCGCAAAAGACAGCUGA